UCGAACAGCCUGACUGAAUAACAGGGAAGAAUUUCAACAUAACAAGAUUAUAUAAAGCUGCAUCCUGAUGGGAAAACAAAGUCAUAAUACAACAGAAUGAAGAUCUCUGUGAGUUUUACGCUGUGGCUGCUGCUCUGUGCCGUCUCCGCAGAAGAAAAUACAGAUUACCUGCAGACUCAAGAAGUAGCAGCACAGCUGAAGACUGAAGUGGACAAGCUGAAGACUGAAGUGGACAAUCUGAAUCAACAACUGAAAGUCCGACAGGUUGCGUUCUCAGCCUCACUGCUGGCUGGAGGCAAAUCAAUUAUUGGACCCUUUUCCAAGGACACUACCCUGAUCUACAAACACGUCCCCACCAACAUCGGGAAUGCCUACAACCCAACCACAGGUGUGUUCACUGCCCCGGUAAGAGGAGUCUACCACUUUGAGUGGCAUCUCACUGCAGAGGGAGACGGCAGCCAUGCUUCAGGGGGUUGGUUGGUCAAGAACUUACAGAAUCUUUUUGUGGCAUGGGAAUAUCAGGCUGCCGGUUUUAUGAGUUCUUCUAAUGGCGUUAUGCUGUUGCUGGAGGUGGGAGACGUCGUAUUUGUGCGUCUGGCGGCUAACACUUUGGCGUUUGACAAUGGAAGUCACCCCACCACCUUCAGUGGGUUUCUGCUGUUCCCCAUGUAGGACAGAAACAGCAGCUCUGUGAUAGUCACACAGGUUUUUGUUGUCUUAACCCUUGUGUUGUCCUUCGGGUCCUGAAGCUCAAUGCCAGGCCAGUGACCUGAAGGAAAACACAAGGGUUAAACUAGUCUUCAUAGCACUUUUUCACACAUUUUCUUUGAUUUUCAUGAUAAUAAUAAGUAAUAAUUUUCAACAGGUAUCUUUUUCCUUCAAAUAUAAACUGGCUAAUGUUUCUGAUUCUCUCUUGUUUCUGUCAUUUUAAUCAAAUAAACAUAUAUCAUUGCAAUUA